GGAAUGAUGUUUGAAAAAUUACAUCGAUUCCUGCAACUUCAUUGGAAGAUCAUACUGUUUGGGGUAAUUUUUGAAAUUUUGAUUACAAUUGGAGCUGUUCGUUUAACAUAUAUUCUGUCGAAGCCCUUUUGUGAAACAGAUACAAUAACAAGUUCUGCUAUUCAAACAAGCACAGUAUCCAGUUUCGCAACAACAUCAACAGGAUCAGAUACUUCAUCCAACUCAACAACAACCAGGCCCUUGUCAACUUCCACUGAACCUGCACCCCCCUUCACUCUUGAUUGCACAAUAGGCUUCACCCAUAUCAAUGGAAAAUGUUGGUUUUUAAUUCCUAUUCGCCGAACACGAGAAGAUGCCGACGCUGUUUGUAUGGGAUACGGAGGUUCAACCCUUUUUUCAAUUAGGAAUGAACAGGAAAAUACUGCAGCUCUUGAUUAUUUGUCAAACGCCGGCGUUAAUUAUGUUUGGACCGGGUUGAUAUGUGCCGGUAACACUAGUUCAUCGUGCACGUGGGAUAUGAAGAGUGGGUCUGCGGCGGACUACGAUAACUUUGCCAACGGCUUUCCCAACGAGACCAAUACAAGCUGUGUGUACUUUAUCACCAGUGGGCCAGAUGCUGGACAGUGGAAAAGUGGCUCAUGCAAUCAGACAAUGGGUUUUAUGUGUGAACUACCUCCAACUAUUCAUGACGGUAGUUGUGAUUACAAUUACAACAAUCAAUGUUACCUACGCUACAAUACUCCGCACAACAUUCCUGAUGCUCAAGAAAUCUGUAAAACAAGAUGUGCCAACCUUGUUUCAAUCAGCUCGGCCAAUGAAAAUCGCUUCAUACGAUCACUAUUUACUACACAAGGAUAUGUUUUACUUGGCGCUGCGGUUAUAUACUACGACGAUAUUUAUUGGCUGGAUGGAUCACCAGCGGUGUAUAAUUAUAUUGAACGGUAUCAACACGGAGCUUGUCUGCUGCUGAAUGUGAAUUGGGUUUACAUCACUGACGGUGCCUGGUACACCGAAAGAUGCACCACUCCAGGAAAAUUUCUGUGUAAACGGCCUGCAGGAACUGUUUGUUGAAUUGAAUAAAGUAUCGAAAAUAAA